AUGAGAAACUGUGGCAAAGGAGCUUGUGCCUCUUUCAUUGAGAGAUGCUUUGCAUUUAUCGGGGAAAAUGCUGUCGAUACAGUUAAAACAACAGCAUUUUGUAAUCUUCCAAAGGAUGCAUUAGUGAAGCUUAUAUCUUCGGACUACCUGGGACUGGAGGAAGAAGAUGUUUGGAGAGCAGUACUAAAUUGGGCUAAAUAUCAGGCAGGGGUGACGCAGCCUACUCAACACUGGACAGAGGAGGAACGUGUGAGGGUUUGCCAACAUUUAUCAGGAGUGAUAAAUCAUGUUCGGCUGCUGCUAAUCGACAGCCAGGUGUUCGCGGAGGAAGUAGAACCAACGGGAGCAGUGCCUAUAGAACUUUCCUUGGAGAGGUACGAAUUUUUCAAUCCCGAUCGAUCAAGUGGCUCAAAACCCAUAAGGUACAGGUAUGCAGCUUUGCCAAACAAGUACACAGAAAUCUGUGCAGAUAAACGACUACAGCCAAGAGUAAGCCCGUUUCUCUUUCCUGGAUCGCAAAUUCUAUCGCGUGAUAAGAUGGGUUUUCAACGUCUUUUGAAUCAGUGGUACGGAUCACCGAAGCAAAGUUGGCGCUUGGUAUACCGAGCCUCUAGUCAUGGUUACUCAGCAACAUUGUUUCACCGCCAUUGCGAUGGAGUUUGUCCAACAUACGUAAUUGCAUUGGGAACUCGAGGAGAAAUUUGUGGAGGCUUUAGUGAUGCACCAUGGGGAAAUACGAAUGCUAAAGGACACUACAUUUUCUCAGAAAAAGCUUUCCUAUUCACCCUAACAAACAACCAAGAUGUACCUCCAACCAAAUACGAUAUUGUGAAGAAGCCCUUUGCAAUUUGCUACCAUCCAGACAUUGGACCAAUUUUUGGAGCUGGUGCUGAUUUACUAAUCUCUAGCAAUUGCAACGUGAAUAUGGAAAGUUACAGUAAUCUUCCUCAUAGCUAUGAUGGUGCACAUGCCUCUAACACUGUACUUAUGGGAGAUUAUCACUUCUCUGUGGUAGAUUAUGAAGUUUUUACACCCAGCCACCUAGUUCCCAAAUCAUCUCAUUAA